AUGGACGCGACGCCUACUAAAGAUGAUUUGAAAAAGUUUCAAGUCGUGGUCGCCUCGGAUGAACUCGGGGGGAUUGGAAAGAACCAAACUUUACCGUGGAAACUUUCAAAAGAGAUGAAACAUUUCAAAUCUUUAACCGCGGACGUCUCGAAACCGAUGACGCAAAACGCAGUCAUCAUGGGAAGGAAAACCUGGGAAUCGAUUCCGGAGAAGUUUCGCCCGUUACCGGGGAGGUUGAACGUGGUUUUAAGCGCCAGUGGGCGAGUGUACGAGAAAUCGAAUAAAGAAAACGGUGGCCCCGGCGAGGACGACGCGGAGGGCGGCGCGAAGUGUUUGCCGGAAGGCGUGCUCGCGAGAGCGUCGAUCGAGGAAGCGCUGGAAACGUUAUCGACUGGGGAGUACAAGGAUAUCAUCGAGAAAGUGUUCGUGAUCGGCGGCGCAAAAGUAUACGAGGAAGCUUUGAAGUCUGAACAGUGCGAGGCGGUGCAUUUGACCGAAGUGAAACCGCCCGCCGGGAAGGAUCCGAAGGAACACUUUGCCUGCGACGCGUUCAUCCCGUUACCGUUGGAUAGCGAAAAGUUUCGAUUGUAUUCGAGCUCAAAGCUGGUGAAAGAUGGCGAGUGUUCGUACACGACGUUGACGUACGUCGCGCAAAAUGGACCGGCUGGGAAGUUUCGAGUGGAGGCUGAAAAAAUCUUGCCGCCAAAGAUUUUGAAGGAGCAAAAACACGAAGAGAUGCAGUAUUUGGAGUUGAUUAGGGAAAUAAUCGAUGAAGGGAACGUCAAAGGCGACAGAACUGGAACCGGGACUAUUUCUAAAUUUGGUUGCUCCAUGCGAUACGACUUGAGACGAUCGUUUCCGUUGUUGACGAGUAAACGUGUUUUUUGGAGAGGCGUGGCGGAAGAGUUGUUGUGGUUCGUGAAGGGUUCAACGAACGCGAACGAGUUGAAAGAAAAAGGCGUCGGCAUUUGGGACGGAAACGGAAGUCGCGAGUAUUUGGACUCCAUCGGAUUAAACCACCGCGAAGUGAACGAUUUAGGCCCAGUCUACGGCUUCCAAUGGAGACACUUCAACGCCGAGUACACCGACAUGCACGCCGACUACGCCGGUAAAGGCGUCGACCAACUCGCCGAAGUGAUUCACAAAAUCAAAAACAAUCCAAACGAUCGACGCAUUCUUUUAACCGCGUGGAACCCAGCCGCGUUGAAAGAAAUGGCGUUGCCGCCGUGUCACAUGUUCUGUCAAUUCUACGUCGCGAACGGAGAGUUGAGUUGCCAAAUGUACCAACGCUCGUGCGACAUGGGAUUAGGCGUCCCGUUCAACAUUGCCAGUUACUCGUUGUUAACAUGCAUGAUCGCGCAAGUCUGCGACCUGAAACCGGGAGAUUUUGUCCACGUGCUCGGCGACGCGCACGUGUACGCCAACCACGUCGAACCGUUGGAAACGCAAUUGAAAAACGAACCGAGACCGUUCCCGCAGUUGAAAAUCAACCCAGACGUGAAGGAUAUCGACGGGUUCAAGUUUGAAGAUUUUGAGAUCAUCGGGUACGACCCGUGCCCGAAAAUUGAAAUGAAGAUGGCCGUUUAA